CAAGUAGUAGAGUCAGUUACUUCAACUUCGGAAGUGGGAGUGGUAGAGCAAGUAGUAGAGUCAGUUACUACAACUUCGGAAGUGGUAGAGCAAGUAGUAGAGUCAGUUACUUCAACUUCGGAAGUGGGAGUGGUAGAGCAAGUAGUAGAGUCAGUUACUUCGACUUCGGAAGUGGGAGUGGUAGAGCAAGUGGUAGUUGGUUCGGUUUCUGUGACAUCUACCUCAACUGAAGUGGUAGAGCAAGAAGUUUUGGGUUUGGUCGUUUUGCAAGAAGAUGUGCGUUUAGUCGUUUUGCAAGAAGUUUUGGGUUUGGUCGUUUUGCAAGAAGAUGUGCGUCUAGUGGUAGAGCAAGUGGUAGUUGGUUCGGUUUCUGUGAUAUCUACUUCAACUGAAGUGGUUGAGCAAGAAGUUUUGGGUUUGGUCGUUUUGCAAGAAGAUGUGCGUCUAGUCGUUUUGCAAGAAGUUUUGGGUUUGGUCGUUUUGCAAGAAGUUUUGGGUUUAGUCGUUUUGCAAGAAGAUGUGCGUCUAGUGGUAGAGCACGUGGUAGUUGGUUCGGUUUCCGUGACAUCUACUUCAACUGAAGUUGUAGAGCAAGAAGUUUUGGGUUUGGUCGUUUUGCAAGAUGUGCGUCUAGUCGUUUUGCAAGUGGUUGUGUGA